GACCGGCACCAACACCAGGAUCACUAAGUUCGACCAAGUUCUCCGCUAUUCCUUCGCCGCCCGCAACGGAUCCGGACACACCCCAGUCCCCCUCGUCCGACCAAGAGAGCGACGCCUCCCAAUCCACCUCAACCACCACUCCCAAAAGCAGCGCCGGGGUAUACCGGUGUGAGUACCCCGGCUGCAAGAGCAAGCAGAAAGUUUUCACCCAGAAGGGCUUGCUCCGGUAAGCCGCUCAUUAUUCCCUUCCCCUUCCCUUCCCACCUCCCCAAUUCCUUUCCCACCACCUCCUCACCGUCACUAACCGCACAUGUUCCAUCAUCCUCCCGCCAAAACGAACAGCAAACAUCAACACAACCACACGCGUCCCCGGAAAUGUCCCUAUUGCACCGCCUUCCGCGGCGGCGCCGAGCGCAAGGACCUGGCGCGGCACAUGCGCCGCGCCCACGCCGACCGGCCGGACGUGCGCGCCGACCGCACACUGUGGCGCGAGGUCAACCGCCGCUGCGAGCGCUGCGGCGCCUCCGGCAUGCGCGCCGACAACCUGAAGCGCCAUCUCAAGCGCUGUCGUCGUCGUCCGUCUGAAGCUGGCGCGGCUCAGGUUCCGGUUCAGGUUCAGGUUCAAGCUCAGGUUCAAGCUCAGGUCGGGUUUGGUUUGGCUUGAUGGCGAUGGGGGUGGAGUUUGGGAGCCCAGGGACGUAAUCAACGCAAGCUGAUGAUGAUUGAUGAUGGUGGUGGGGGCAGCAGUGAUGGUGAUGGUGAUGGUGAUGGUGAUGGUGAUGGUGAUGGUGAUGGUGGUGGGGAGGUGCGUUCUGGCUACCUGUACGAGGGAUGGGAAUAUGGUGGCCGUUUCACGAGGUUGGUCCUGGCUAGGUGCUGUACCCGAGUCUUUCGUUCCUUGCUUAUUCGACUUCGACUUGGUUUUGGUUCCGAGUGAUUGCCGGCUCUGCUCUUCGUAUUUAUCUGGAGGGUAAGUUCAAGAACUAGCAUUUCUCGACUUU